GGACAGCAGCUGGUCCGGCGCACGCGCGUUCACGCGCCCGGGUCACGUGGUGCUCGGGGCUGGCAGGCUUUGUUCGGAGGCUGGGGCGUGGGGCGCGCGCACGGGCACGGGCUCGGGCUCGACCCGUCUCGUCUCGCUACGGGGGGCCGGACGCGACGCCUCGUCGCGCCGCAAAAUACCGACUUGUGCUGUCGCCGAUGGCGUCUCGACGGUGUCCUGGGGCGGCAGGCUCGAGUGCGGGCGAGCACUCUCCAGUGCCCGCGUCUGCACAUCCAGACCCAGCCAGGGAGCUGUUCGAGGGCUGCCGCAACGGGGACGUGGCCCGGGUGAAGAAGCUGCUGAAGGCGGACAACGUCAACGCCAGAGACACGGCGGGUCGCAAAUCCACCCCGUUGCACUUCGCCGCAGGCUUUGGACGGAAGGAUGUAGUUGAAUUUUUGCUUCAGAGUGGUGCUAAUGUCCAUGCAAGAGACGAUGGAGGCCUUAUUCCUCUUCAUAAUGCCUGUUCAUUUGGUCAUGCAGAAGUUGUUAAUCUGCUGCUGUGUCAUGGUGCUGAUUCUAAUGCUCGUGAUAACUGGAACUACACGCCUCUCCAUGAAGCUGCCAUCAAAGGCAAAAUUGACGUAUGCAUAGUUUUACUCCAACAUGGAGCUGACCUUCACAUUCGUAAUACAGAUGGAAGAACAGCAUUAGACUUAGCAGACCCAUCUGCUAAAAUGCUCUUGACAGGUGAAUACAAAAAAGAUGAGCUCCUAGAAACUGCAAGGAAUGGAAAUGAAGAAAAGCUGAUGUCCCUACUUACACCAUUGAAUGUAAACUGCCAUGCUAGUGAUGGUAGAAAGUCCACACCAUUGCAUUUAGCAGCAGGAUAUAACCGUGUUAAUAUCGUACAGCUAUUAUUACAACAUGGUGCAGAUGUUCAUGCUAAGGAUAAAGGAGAUCUAGUACCUCUUCACAAUGCCUGUUCCUAUGGUCAUUAUGAAGUAACGGAGCUUUUAAUUAAGCAUGGUGCCUGUGUGAAUGCUAUGGACCUCUGGCAGUUUACUCCUUUGCACGAAGCUGCCUCCAAGAACAGAGUAGAAGUAUGUUCCCUUUUGCUGAGUUAUGGUGCUGAUCCAACAUUACUGAACUGUCAUUACAAGAGUGCUAUUGAUUUGGCCCCUACACCCCAGCUAAAAGAACGCUUGGCUUAUGAGUUCAAAGGACAUUCGUUGUUACAAGCUGCUAAAGAAGCUGAUGUUGCUGGUGUGAAAAAACAUCUUUCUUUAGAGAAUGUGAAUUUCAAACAUCUUCAAACUCAUGAAACUGCUCUGCAUUUUGCUGCUGCUUCUCCAUAUCCAAAGCGAAAACAGGUAGCUGAGCUUUUAUUAAGAAAAGGAGCUAAUGUUGAUGAAAAGACAAAAGACCUCUUAACACCCCUGCAUAUGGCAUCAGAAAAGGCCCAUAAUGAUAUGAUUGAAGUACUUGUAAAAAAUGAUGCAAAGGUGAAUGCCUUGGACAGUCUUGGUCAGACACCUUUACACAGGGCUGCACGUUCUGGUCAUCAUCACACGUGUCGCCUUUUGCUGGCUUCUGGAACCGAUUCAUCUAUAGUAUCUCUUCAGGGUUUCACCGCAUCAGAGAUAGGCAAUGAAAAUGUGCAGCAGGUUCUACAAGGUGCCGUAGUUGGAAAUUGUGAUACUGACCGGCAGCUAUUAGAAGCAGCUAAAACUGGAGACCUGGAUGUAGUCAAGAAGCUCUGCACUCUUCAGAAUGUAAACUGCAGAGAUGUAGAAGGCCGCCAGUCUACCCCACUUCACUUUGCAGCUGGUUACAACAGAGUGUCUGUGGUGGAAUAUCUGUUGGAAAAUGGUGCUGAUGUUCAUGCCAAGGACAAAGGUGGUUUGGUUCCAUUGCAUAACGCAUGUUCCUAUGGACAUUAUGAAGUGGCAGAGCUGCUUGUUAAACAUGGCGCAGUGGUUAACGUCGCUGAUCUGUGGAAGUUUACUCCUUUACAUGAAGCUGCUGCAAAAGGAAAAUAUGAAAUUUGUAAACUUUUAUUAAUUCAUGGUGCUGAUCCAACCAAGAAGAACAGGGAUGGAAAUACAGCCUUGGAUUUAAUUAAGGAUGGAGACACAGACAUUCAAGAUCUCUUGAGUGGCGAUGCUGCUUUACUUGAUGCUGCGAAAAAGGGUUGCAUGGCCAGGGUGAAGAAGUUGUGCAUAAUAGAGAAUGUUAACUGCAGAGAUACUCAAGGCAGACAUUCAACACCUUUGCAUUUAGCAGCUGGAUAUAACAAUCUGGAAGUUGCAGAAUAUCUGCUGCAACAUGGUGCUGAUGUGAAUGCUCAAGACAAAGGUGGAUUGAUACCUUUACAUAAUGCUGCUUCAUAUGGGCAUGUGGAUGUAGCAGCAUUGUUGAUAAGAUAUAAUGCAUGUGUAAAUGCGACAGACAAAUGGGCUUUCACUCCCCUUCAUGAAGCAGCGCAGAAAGGGAGGACACAGUUGUGUGCAUUAUUGCUAGCCCAUGGAGCUGACCCCACUAUGAGAAACCAGGAAGGACAAACGCCAUUAGACCUCGUCAAUGCAGAUGAUGUCAGAGCUUUGCUAAUUGCAGCAAUGCCCCCUUCUGCAUUGCCAUCUUGCUAUAAGCCCCAAGCUGUUGUCAUCAAUGCUUCACAAACAACAGGACCUACAGCCUCUUCUCUGCCUUCUAUUCCAUCAAAUACGGGAAGUCCAUCUGUUGCAUGUAGUCUAGAGAACCUUUCAACUAGUUUCUGCGAGCUCACUUCCAGUGGUAGCGUGUGUGGUACAGAAGGACUCAGUAGCUUGGAGAAAAAAGUUCCUGGAAUACAUAUGACUAUUAAUCAGUUUUUGAGGAAUUUGGGCCUGGAACAUCUGUGUGACAUUUUUGAAAAAGAACAGAUCACGUUGGAUGUAUUGGUUGAAAUGGGGCAUAAGGAACUAAAAGAAAUUGGAAUAAAUGCUUAUGGACACCGACAUAAAAUCAUCAAAGGUGUUGAACGUCUUAUAGCUGGACAGCAAGGCAACUAUUGUGGAAUCAAGCCUUCAGAGCAUUUGAUUCCUGCCUCAAUGUUACAUAAAUGGGACUGUCUCCAAUAUGUUCCAUUGUACAGAGUAUGGCAUCUCAAAACGAGUUUGGGCAUCAACCCAUAUCUAACUUUAAACACUUCCAGCAGUGGUACAAUUCUGAUUGAUUUAUUACCAGAAGACAAGGAGUUCCAGUCUGUGGAGGAAGAGAUGCAAAGUACAGUGAGAGAGCAUCGUGAUGGUGGCCAUGCGGGUGGAAUCUUUAAUAAAUAUAACUUUUUGAAGAUUCAAAGGGUGUGCAAUAAAAGACUUUGGGAGCGAUAUACACAUCGAAGAAAAGAAGUUUCUGAAGAAAAUCACAAUCACUCAAAUGAGAGAAUGUUGUUUCAUGGUUCUCCCUUUGUAAAUGCCAUUAUUCAUAAGGGUUUUGAUGAAAGACAUGCUUAUAUUGGAGGAAUGUUUGGAGCCGGCAUAUAUUUUGCUGAAAAUUCAUCCAAAAGUAACCAGUAUGUCUAUGGAAUUGGUGGCGGCACUGGGUGUCCAAUACAUAAAGAUAGGUCUUGUUACAUUUGUCAUAGGCAAAUGGUGUUCUGCCGUGUCACACUGGGCAAAUCCUUUUUGCAAUUCAGUGCAAUGAAAAUGGCUCAUGCACCCCCUGGUCAUCAUUCUGUCACUGGUCGUCCUAGCGUAAAUGGAUUGGCAUUGGCGGAAUAUGUCAUUUAUAGAGGUGAACAGGCUUACCCAGAGUAUUUGAUAACUUAUCAAAUCAUGAAGCCAGAAAAUGCGACUGAUUGAUAGAUGUGCAUAUACAAAUGGGGUUUGGUACAUGUACAAGAAGCCACAGAACACGUCCAAUGCACUCCAACUUUAUUUAUGUAUUAGUUUUGUAGGUGAAAAUAAUGCAUUUUUAAAACCAAAAACAUUUUAAUUGUGAAAUCCAAGUGGCUUUAAUACUGUACAAAAUAACUUUUCUAUGUAUUUGCCUUCCCAUAUUUCAGCACUUUAAUAGAACCAUUCCAAAAAAUUCUGUAUCUGCUCUUGGAGAAAUUUUGUAGUUACUUGAAGUAAUUGUACUGAUAAAUUUGAGAACUUUUUUUUUGUACUUCAGUGACCCAGCUUGAUUUUCCAUAAAUUUUACAAUUACAUACUUCACAUUAAAGCACCAUAAAAUGUUCUCAUUGUAAAAACAAUUGUAAAUAAGAAAGAUUUUUUGUAUUGAUUUAUUAAUUUAUUUACACUGCUUGCAUUACAUGCAUGUGCUAUGCUCACAAUGCAGACUUGCAAUGACAGUGGUGCCUAUCUUUAAGAGUUAUUGUGUUGAAGAUCUUACCAUGCAGGAAGCAAAGUUUUAUGAGUAGCCAUCGAAAACCAAAAUAAAAAGUGUAAAUGCUAUGCAAGGGUUGAUAUUAAACAUGGUAUAUUGAGCUGGUUACUUGUAUUCUAAAUGGCAUGCUGAAGUAAAGUCCUUUCGUGGACUCUAUGUGUACAUAUUAUAUAUUUUUGAGUUGAUUAAAAUGCAUGAAAGUCAUUGUCCUCUCCGUAGUGUUGAUAAAUCUGCAGUGCUUUUACAGGAUUUGUAACUUGCAAUGCAUUUUAAGUAAUAUUUCUAAUAAUUUUACAAAAUUAUUGUAUUGCAAGUGAAACAUAUUAAAAAUUUUGCAUCUAAUAUGACAUUAUGAUUGUUU